GUAUGUUUUGAAUUAUUUUUCUCUCUACAGAGGGAAAUGGCGUCAGGUGGUGGUGGUGGUGGUUACCGCAACGGCGUUAACAAGGCACCAAAUCUCCGUACUUCAUCCUCCUUCAAAUCUAAGCUUCCGCCGACGAAUGCUCGCCGCAGCAGCGGAGGCGAAUCCGGAAGAGUCCGAGUUGCUGUAAGAUUGAGACCUCGGAAUGCUGAAGAGCAGGCAGCAGAUGCAGAUUUUGCUGAUUGUGUGGAGUUGCAGCCAGAGCUUAAGAGGUUGAAACUUUGUAAAAAUAAUUGGGACUCAGACACAUAUGAGUUUGAUGAGGUUCUUACUGAAUUCGCAUCACAAAAGAGAGUCUAUGAAGUUGUCGCAAAACCUGUUGUCGAGAGUGUUUUAGAAGGCUACAAUGGGACGGUAAUGGCAUAUGGUCAAACUGGCACUGGGAAGACUUACACACUUGGACGUCUUGGUGAUGAAGACACCUCUGAUCGGGGAAUAAUGGUCCGCUCAAUGGAGGAUAUUCUUGCAAAUAUUUCUCCAGAGACUGAUUCUGUUACAGUAUCAUACUUGCAGCUAUAUAUGGAAACCAUUCAAGAUCUACUAAAUCCAGCAAAUGAUAACAUAUCAAUUGUUGAGGACCAAAGAACGGGUGAUGUUUCCUUGCCAGGGGCAACUGUAGUGAACAUCAGAGACGAACAAAGUUUUCUUGAACUUUUGCGUGUGGGGGAAGCCCAUAGGAUUGCUGCUAACACUAAACUUAAUACUGAAUCUUCCCGCAGUCAUGCUCUCCUCAUGGUACAUGUGAAGAGGUCAGUGUUGGGUGGGGAAGAGGAUUUUUCUCCCAAUACUCAAAAUCGCUCUAGUUUGGUUGGCAAUUUGAGGCCACCUAUGCUACGGAAAGGCAAACUAAUAGUUGUUGAUCUUGCUGGAUCUGAACGAAUUCACAAAUCAGGGAGUGAGGGACACAUGUUAGAAGAAGCCAAAUCAAUUAAUCUUUCACUUAGUGCUUUAGGAAAAUGCAUAAAUGCAUUGGCGGAAAAUAGUUCUCAUGUACCAGUUCGAGAUUCAAAGCUUACAAGGUUACUUAAAGAUUCAUUUGGAGGCACAUCCAGAACUUCAUUAGUUAUCACAAUAGGUCCUUCACCACGCCAUCGAGCUGAGACUUCAAGUACCAUAUUGUUUGGACAAAGAGCAAUGAAGGUGGAGAACAUGCUGAAGAUCAAAGAAGAAUUUGACUACAAAAGUUUGUCCAAAAGACUUGAGAUAGAACUUGAAAAACUUAUUGCUGAAAAUGAAAGGCAGCAAAAAGUGUAUGAUAAUGAGAUUGAGAGAAUCAGAUUAGAAGCACAGAAACGUGUUAACGAGGCAGAAAGGAAGUAUGUGGAAAGUUUAGAGGAGGAGAAAAUGAAAUGUCAGAUGGACUAUAUGGAGUCAAUUAAGAAGCUUGAAGAGAAAUGGGCUGUCAACCAGCAAAAGAAUGCCCUUAAUGGAGAGAUUCAGAGGGGUUCCAGUAAUCAAGAUGUUUCCGAGCUUAAACAGUUGCUUCAAAGUGAAAUAUCAGCAAGAAAGGCAGCCGAAGAAGAAAUUCGAAGCUUAAAGAACCUGUUGCCUAGAUUUUCAAAGGAUGAGUUGGCAGGAGGAAACACCAACAACUUUGGCCUUGAAGAAAUUUUGGAAGAGGAGAGUCGUCAGAAGAUGAAACUUGAAGAAGAAGUCAGAGUCUUACGAAGUCAAUUGGCUCAGUUUUCUAUUGAAGCUAAUCAAGCUAGAAGCCAUCCAGACAGAGUCAAUGGUGGAAAUCCCCUUCUUGGGUUAGAAGGCUCUACCCCACUUAAUAAUCUACGUCCAAGAGAUGGCAGCAAUGCAGAAAGAACAUCAAUUACGAACCUUCAUGAACAAGUUGGGUUGCAAAAGAUACUAUCAUUGCUUGAGUCAGAGGAUGCUAGCGUGCGGAUUCAUGCUGUGAAAGUAGUUGCGAACUUAGCUGCAGAAGAGGCAAAUCAGGAAAAGAUAGUUGAAGCUGGGGGCCUCACUUCAUUGUUGAUGCUCCUUAGAAGAUAUGAGGAUGAAACAAUUCGUAGGAUUGCAGCUGGUGCAAUUGCCAAUCUUGCUAUGAAUGAGGCCAAUCAAGAACUCAUAAUGGCUCAAGGUGGUAUUCGUCUGUUAUCAGCAACAGCUAGUAAUGCAGAAGAUCCUCAGACUCUAAGAAUGGUUGCUGGAGCAAUAGCUAAUCUAUGCGGCAACGAUAAACUGCAAGCAAGGCUGAGGUCGGAAGGUGGCAUUAAAGCGCUCUUAGGAAUGGUGAGAUGUAGACAUCCGGACGUUCUCUCUCAAGUUGCCCGUGGGAUCGCAAAUUUUGCCAAAUGUGAAUCUAGAGCAAUCACUCAAGGAAUGCGAGAGGGACGAUCUCUACUGAUCGAAGACGGGGCUCUCCCAUGGAUAGUACAAAAUGCCAACAACGAAGCAUCACUAAUCCGUCGGCACGUUGAGCUUGCACUGUGCCACCUGGCACAGCAUGAGGUGAAUGCAAAAGAUAUGAUCAGUGGAGGAGCUCUCUGGGAGCUCGUCCGUAUUUCCCGGGAAUGCACCAGGGAGGAUAUAAGGGCACUCGCUCGUCGAACUCUUACAUCAAGCCCGAUUUUCCAGUCGGAAAUGCGGCGGUUGAGGAUCGAGUAGCUUCAUUAGAAUGCGGCAUUCCACAGGUAGCCUAAGCCCUACAGGAGGUGAGGUGAGGUGCGUACUACCACUUUAUUGCUUGCAAGAUGGGGGUUGUGGUAUUGAUUGAUUGAUUUGUGAGUAAACUCUUUUAUGUUAUAUAUAUAUACAUAUCAUUUUUUGAGCA